UUGCACACUUUUGGACAAGACAAUGGUAAAGAGGGGACUCUCUGUGGAGGAGAAACGGGACAAGGUACUCGACAUUUACCACUCUACCAAGGCCAUCUACAGCCUCAAGGAAAUCGAGAAAGCAGCAUCGAAGCAAGGGGUGACGAUCAACACAGUCAAGGACGUGAACCAAUCUCUAGUGGACGAUGGCCUCGUGGAUAUGGACAAGAUCGGCGCUUCGAACUUCUUUUGGUCCUUUCCUUCCAAAGUGGCGGUCACCAAACAAAAUGUAGUCGACAACCUUGAGCAAAGCAUCGCCAAGGCCGAAGACAACACAGCAGCCAACAAGCGCAAGUUUUCGGAGCUUGAAGAAGGUCGUGCGGACACAGCAAGCCGAAGAGAGAAGCUUGGACGUUUGCAGGAGAACGGCCUACGAUUACAGGAGCUAGAGAAGGAGUAUGAAUCACUCAAGGAAAAUGACCCUGCAGAGCUGGAGAAGGUCGCCCGUCUGACACAGGUAUGCAAGGACGGAGUCAAUCGCUGGACAGACAAUUCGUGGUGCAUCAAGAGCUGGAUGGUGAAGACGAAGGGAAUGAGUGGGAAAGACGUGGACAGAUAUCUGCAAAUCAAGGGAGACUUUGACCUAGUUUGAGUUUUUCAAUUGUACCCCGUCGGGCGAACCAGAUACUACGCGCUCCCUGGUUUUUGUGUGUCGUCCGGUGCGUAUGCAUCCGUCCGUGGUGGGAGCUUGGCCAAGAGUGCGCGAGCCAGCUUCAUGUGCAGCGAAUUAGGGGUGGUGCGGGGGAGAGGCUCUUUGUAGAUUUGUUGUGGCUCUGCCUGCCGCUCCCCAUUUCAGUGUGCUCCCACCUGUAGUGCUAGUAGCAGUCAGCGAAAGCCAACACGUGCGGUUGGACUACUAGAGAAAAUGUACAAAAGGUGACAUUCUUGUGAGCUCACACAUACGUAUAUAUUGGCCAAUAGAAAAAAGGGUGUCCGAACACCUCCGUUAGUUCAAGAAUGAGUACAUAUGUGAUAUUGCCUUUGCUGAAGUAUUGUAUGCAUACAACUUUUAAAGAAGCCCAAAUC